UCUUAUCUAAUCGCCUCUUAAAUGAAGAGCUCGAGGACCUCUCCAUCCCUCUGUCUCCAUCCCUCUGUCUCCAUCUCUCUCUUUCUUUCUCUCUGUCUCUCCAUCCUUUCCCCGCAUCAUGCGCGAUGGCACUGAUGCUGACAUGUUGCCAGUUUAGCGGCAGGAAAAGCCGUGAGAAAAUGCGGUCUGGGGGCAAUAACACGGCGUCGGGGCAGAUUUGUAGGGUCUAUAUGAGCUGAGUGAACGGUGGACCUGAUGGACGUGUUCAGCUUCGUCAGGAUGCCCAAACUGUCAGGCCACAGGACCAAAGCCUCAGGUGGAUGGACAUCUUCGUCUCAUGGUCCCGGAGACGGAUGGGACUCGGUGUCCAAUAGAGACGAACGCGACUGCUUCAUUGAUCAUGUCUCCCAGUCAAGUUCUCUGGAGGAAGUACGUCUCGGGCUGGAGGGCGAUAAAUUAGCACCCCGGAAAGUUGAAAUGAGACGAGACCCAGUUUUAGGCUUUGGCUUUGUGGCAGGAAGUGAAAAGCCUGUCGUAGUUCGUUCUGUCACUCCAGGAGGUCCAUCAGAGGGAAAGCUGUUUCCUGGAGAUGAAAUCAUUAUGAUCAACGAUGAUCCAGUCAGCAGCGCUCCUCGAGAGCGAGUGAUCGACCUGGUCAGAAGUUGUAAGGAGGCCAUCCUACUGACGGUCAUUCAGCCCUACCCUUCACCCAAGUCUGCCUUCAUGAGUGCCGCCAAAAAGGCAAAGCUAAAAUCGAACCCUGUAAAAGUCAGAUUUGCUGAAGAGGUCAUCGUUAACGGUCAAAUACCUGAAACAGUGAAGGAUAAUUCACUGCUCUUUAUGCCAAAUGUUCUGAAGGUGUACCUCGAAAACGGCCAGACAAAAUCCUUCAAGUUUGACACCAACACUUCCAUUAAGGACGUCCUACUGACACUGCAAGAGAAGCUGUCCAUCAAAAGCAUUGAACAUUUUUCUCUGAUGUUGGAGCAGAAGCUUGAAAAUUCUAACACAAAGUUGAUGCUCCUGCAUGAGCAAGACAUGCUGAGUCGGGUGACUCAGCGUCCUUGCUCUCACAAGAUGAGGUGUUUAUUUCGCAUUGCUUUUGUACCAAGGGAUCCGGUGGAUCUUCUCCGUCGUGACCCUGUGACCUUUGAGUAUCUCUAUCUGCAGAGCUGUAAGGAUGUUGUUCAGGAGCGUUUUGGUUCAGAGCUGAAAUACGACACGGCUCUUCGCCUCGCCGCUCUUCAGAUGUACAUCCUCACGAUCAGCACCAAACAAACUCAGAAAGUCUCGAUGAAAUACAUUGAGAAGGAGUGGGGCUUGGCUCUGUUCCUUCCACCAGCAGUUCUGUCCAGCAUGAAAGAGAAAAACAUCAAGAAGGCGAUCGCUCACAUUCUGAAGACCAAUCAGAACCUGGUGCCUCCUGGGAAAAAGUUGACGGCACUUCAGGCCAAAGUUCACUACCUGAAGUAUCUGACUGACCUGAGACUGUAUGGAGGAAGAGUGUUUAGGUCCACACUGCUUCAAGCAGAGAAACCCACAGAAGUAACACUUUUAGUUGGGCCACGACAUGGAAUUAGCCACGUCAUCAACACCAAAACCAACAUGGUGGCCCUGCUGGCUGACUUCAGCCAUGUUAACCGCAUUGAGAUGUACACAGAGGAUGAGAAGAACGUCAGAGUAGAGCUCCAUGUGCUCGAUGUGAAGCCCAUCACUCUAAUAAUGGAGUCCAGUGAUGCGAUGAAUCUAGCAUGUCUUACUGCGGGUUACUACAGACUGCUGGUGGAUUCACGUCGCACCAUCUUCAACAUGGCCAACAGCACAUCUGGAAGAGAUGAUUCCCGGGACAAGCACAAUUUUCAAGCGAUUGAGUGGAACUACAGUUCCUAUACUGGGUGUGAGGACCUCAGUGGCAGGAUCUCAGAGCCAGACUCCACCCCCAUGUAUAUUACUGAGCUUCACCAAGCACAUCGAGCAAGCAGAGGCACCUGUAUGCAAACCGCUGCCCACGCACAGCCCUUUUUCAGGGGCAAGUCUGACGAGUCACCCAAGAGUGCCAAGGUGUCUUUUAUAUUCGGAGAUGCUCCAUUGGCUAGCAUGAAUCCCCAGCAUUUGGGGUACCAAAGGUUGAUGGAGGACAUUCCAGAGAUUUUGGACGAUCAGCGGCCACUUUAUCUGCAUCAGGAUGACUAUAAACCCUUGGAUUCUUGUUUGGAUUUGGAUGGCUUCCAAUAUGGGAAUCACAUGGUCUACGCCGAUGGCAAAAUCUUUGGUAUGACUGAGGGAAUCGAGGAGCCGCUCCUGCAUGACAUUUGUUAUGCCGAAACCACCGAUGAUGCCGAGGACGAAGACGACAUUAGCUGUGAGGAUGACAUGUCAAUGAUGGCGAUGGCAGAUUCUCGAGAAAGAGCUCUGUCACUGCUUUCCCUGUCGGAAUCUAGCGACGACAUCAUUGACCUAACUUCUCUUCCACCACCACCUGAGGGAAACGAUGUCGAAGACAACGACGUGCUUUUGCAGUCGCUAAACUUAGCCAUAGCAGCUCCACCACCAGGAUUCAGAGACAGCUCAGAUGAAGACGAGCACCAAGGAGAACAAAUGAGGGAGAAAAGAAACUUGGACAUCCCAGUGUCACUUAUUGACUCUGUGCCCAUGAAUGUGGACACAGGGACAGAGGAAGUGUUGGACGACGCUGUCGUUUCCACGUUGCAAGCACUAGAAGCUUUGGCAGCCUCUGAAGAUCAGUCCCACCUACAAUCAGACAAUAAUUCAGGUGUAGAAAUAUCUCGCUCUUAUAGCCCCGAGUCCGCUUCUGAUUCCGGAAACGAGACGAAUUCCUCCGAAAUGACGGAGAGCUCAGAGCUAGCAGCGGCUCAGAAACUCUCAGAGAAUCCACUGAAAAUGUUUGUGGCGACAGCUGAAGGGUAUCAGACGCUGAAUGCAGAGAAAACAGAGUUUCGUUUGAGAGCCACGUCAAGAAACCAGGAGGAAGAACUAAAGUCUACAGCUGUAGCUUCAUGUCAGGCUCUUCAUUCAGACCACUUGGAGAUGGAACCUGAAACAAUGGAGACCAAAUCGUUAUCUGAUUAUUUCAACAAAAGGCACAUGGAUGGCAUGAUAGGCAAGAGACAAGGAAAAGUUGAUGAGGCAGACUGCAGAUCACGACUCGCUAACAAAAAAGAAUCAACACAAAUCAAUGCAGUUGGCUCUAAAGUAGAGGACGUUGUUGGGAGAUACAGCAAUGCCAAUUCCAGAGAAGCUCUUCACACAGGGUUUGAUCUUCAGAGGACACCUUUUCCAUUUCAGGAUAAGAACGUACGAUCACAGCAGAUCCUGAACUGUAAAGCAGAGGAACAUGUUUACUCCAAGACACUAAAAUGUGGCAGCUCUAGCAACACAGCUCCGAGUAAUCUCAGAGGAUCCCUGAUGGACCUGAACACUCGUUCGACUGCAGAAGAAGCUUACUUAAUCCAGCAAGAGACACACGAGCAGCAAAGUAAGGUACUGGCAUCCGAGAAGGAAGUGACACGGUUGUAUGAGUACCACUUGCCGAAGAGGAUGUCGUCGCUCCAGAGCGAAGGCAUUCAUUCCCUGCAGAGCUCGCAGUGCUCAUCCAUCGAUGCAGGGUGCAGUACAGGAAGCAGCAGCUGUGUAACACCCAUGGAUUCUCCACUCUGCACUGCUGAGAACAUCCAACUCAUCACUGAAUCUUCUUUGAAAGGCCUUGGAUACCCGAACGCAGAAGAAAAAGCCUACAGUCAAAGUCCACAUCGCAAAAUCGUCCAUCAGACGUUAGAUCCCAUGUUUUUACGAAAGCACCAGGGAACGCUCGGUACAGAGUCCAGCACAGGACGUGAAGGAUGCCAAAGGAUGGCCAAGAUCAGAGAAACAACAGUGUAGUGUGUUGACGCUGACACUGAAACAGAACGCUUGUCAUUAACACACAAUGCAUCUACACCGAUCCUGACCAUUCAUGAACGGCACAAACUCUUCAGUGCCAAAACCAGAGGUCUGUCGAGGUCUUCUCCGUAUUGCGCCGACUCUCUGGUAGCCUCAGGAAGGCAGAGAUGGAAUUUUCCUGAAACGUCGAUGGAAAGCAGCGGAGAAAAGUUGAUUGUUUUCUAGGAAGCUAUUUUGGCUUUGAUGGAACUUUUAAAGAACUUAAAAGGGAGUUCAACUCCACUGAGAAAACCCUGGAUGAAAGCCAAGACAUGCCAUAAUUUACCUGUGGUGAAUAAUCUGGCAGGAUUAGGCAGCAAAUUCUGUCCCGCUCACACCAGGUACCCGCUGACACAUAUUACCCUCCUGCCCAUCCUGUACUGCUGUUUAGCAUUUUGUAGUAAGAAUAGGAGAUCAUGGUGUGUUAUAACACGCCGGCUGGCUUUACACUGUACGACUUUCACUCCAAAACAAGUGUAGAAGAAUUCUUUGGUUGUGGGUGAGUGUAUAACCUCACCAUCAGCAGAUUUACGACCAAAGUGAGAAAGUGUGACUGCUGCUACAAGUCAUGUGCUCUCUCCACUCCUCUCCUCUCCUCUCCUCUCCUCUCCACUCCUCUCCUCUCCUCUCCUCUCCUCUUCUCUCCUCUCCUCCCUUCUCCUCUCCUCUGCUCUGCUCUCCUUUCCUCUCCUCUCCU